AUGGCAUCCAGACAUAGUCCCUCAGUCAAGCGACAAAGGCGCAUCUAUGUAGCACUGACAGUUUAUGGUUAUGGUGUAGUUGCCGACGGUGUCACUCACAGAAGAUCAAAUGCUCGGGGACUCGCCCCUGUCAAGCAUGCUGCGCCUCGCAAAAUCGCGAUCAGUGCGAUUUUCCUACACGAGAUCGGAAGAUAUCGGCUAGAGGGAGAAGUCAAAGCUUUGAGAGCCCGAAAGCAGCGAUCAAGAGCUUCAUCUGAGCUAGAAGAGACAAGCUGCCCUGCUCAAGAUCCAGUUCAGCCCUCGACUCAAUUCCCAGAUAUUGAUGUUUCUAAUCCUCUUCUUGAAUCACCCACUGGGUUCGUUGCCGCUAGAUCAUCCUCACAACCAACCUUUAUUGGUGAGGCUUCCUGUGUUGCCUUUGGGGACACCUUGCUCCAAUGUGUCGACAAAGAUGCCGAUCUCUCAUCGUGGGUAUCUCCGACAUAUUUCCAACACGAUAUUUUUCAUCGCCUCAUGCGUCCAGAGGUGGUGUUGCCUGACCGAAUACAAGCCCGCUUAUUAGUGGAGGUUGCCAUUCGAUUCAUAGGUACCGACUACCAUUUAAUUUUGAAGAAAACCCUUUUUUACACACUGGAUCGAACGUGUGCUGGAGAAACCCCCAGAAAUCCUGCAUGGAUGUGCAAAUUUUUUGUACUGCUAGCGCUGGGUGAAAUGUACUCGAACCGAAAACGAAGGGUGGCAGAUCAACACGUACCGGGAACAGACUACUUUCUGCGUGCAGUUGGUCUAUUGCAAGAUCUGUAUGAAACCCCUUCGGUGGAACAGGUAGAAAUCAUGGUUCUUUUUAUUCUUCGCACUCUAAAAAAGAUUGGUGACUUUGCUGACGGCAAUUCUAAAGUGCUUCUAUUCAAACGCUCUAGGGCGCGUCAAAACAGCAUACACCUAUAG